AUGUUGAGCCGUCUGUUCAGCGAGGUGCUGCCGGACGUCCAGAGGCUCGCGGCCGACUGGGUGGAGGACCACGAGAACGAUGACUGCAAGGCCAAGGAGGACGAGCACGAGCCCUGCCACCUCGGGGACGACGAGCUGGACGAGCCCCUGGAGGGCAGCAGCCGAGCUGAGUCUGAGAUGGCCGGCGACGACGACGAGGACGACGACGCCGAAGAAGAGGAGUGCGAGGAUGAGAACAGCGGAGACAAGCCCAAGAAGCGCGGCCCAAAGAAGCGCAAGAUGACAGCGGCGCGCGUGGAGCGCUCCAAGGUGCGCCGGAUGAAGGCGAACGCGCGGGAGCGCACGCGCAUGCACGAUUUGAAUUCCGCGCUGGACAAUCUGCGCAAAGUGGUGCCAUGCUACUCCAAAACCCAAAAACUCUCAAAGAUAGAGACUCUGAGGCUGGCCAAGAAUUACAUACUGGCCCUUGGGGAGAUUUUACGCAACGGGAAACGUCCAGAUGUGGUGACCUACGUCCAGAUGUUGUGUAAAGGCCUGUCCCAGCCCACUACCAACCUGGUGGCAGGCUGUCUGCAGCUCAACACCAGGAACUUCCUGACUGAACAGUGUCCAGAUGGAGCCCGCUUCCACAUGCCCAGCUCUCCGUUCUCCGUCCACCCUUACUCCUACCGGUGUUCCCGCCUCUCCAGUCCUCACUACCAGCCGGGAACCGGAGCGAUUAACUUGCGGAGCCAUUCCUACGGUCCUGGGUACGAGGCCGUGUACCCGCCGGGCGGGACUUCACCUGAUUACAGCAGCCCGGACUACGAGGGCCAGCACAGCCCGCCCGUCUGCCUGAACGGCGGACUGUCCGGGAGACAGCAGGAGACCUCUGAGACAGACAGGAACUAUCAUUACUCUAUGCAUUAUUCCGGACUGGCCACGUCUCGACCCAGCCACAGCCUCCCCUUUGGGCCCUCGGGAGCGCGCAGCGGAGGUGCGCACUCGGAAAACAUUCCACCUUUCCACGACGUGCACUUGCACCAUGACAGGGCGCCCCCGUAUGAGGAUCUCAAUGCAUUUUUCCACAACUGA